UCUGGAAGCGUAAUCUUUUCUUUCCGAACACAUUUCUCUCCGGAGAAAUACACCGAUGACACGGCGGGUUUAAUAUCAGGCGGUUCUUCAGGAUUCCCCCAGCUGUCCGAAUCCAAGAUUUGGGUUUCUCCCUCCUCCUUCCCUCCGUCCGCCGGCAGGUGGCAGGCAGCAGGUCGCCAUGGAGAACUCGUCUGUGGCGUCAGCGUCCUCAGAGGCUGGCAGCACGCGCUCGCAGGAGAUUGAGGAGCUGGAGCGCUUCAUCGACAGCUACGUGCUGGAGUACCAGGUGCAAGGCCUGCUGGGAGAUAAGAACGAGGCAGACGUGGACGGAGACAACAAGCCCCAGUCCCACAUCUCACAGUGGACAGAGGACUGCAAUGACAGGAAAGAUGGGAGUUGGUCAUCCUCACGGGGGAGGGGCUCCACCAAACCGGAUGAGUGGGAUCACAGUAGUAAUGGCAGUACAGGGUCCAGGCCCAGCUCUGGUUCAAGGCCUGGUUCAGGUUCUAGGUCCGGCAGCAGAGGGAGGAACAACCAGUUCAGAGGGCCAGCCAAGAACGGGAACAGAGAAGGGUCGUUUGACAUCCUGGGUACUGGUAUCUGGGCUGCUAACACCAUGGACUCUCAUGGGGGGGCGACAUGGGACCUCCAGCCUGAGAAGCUAGACUUCAGCCAGUUCCACAGGAAACCCUUCAGAGGAACACCAAAGCAUCUACCACACAUCGACAGAGAGGGGAUGAUGAAAGGCAAGUUUGAAGAUGAUGAUGAUGAUGAUGAUGAUGGCAUCGACCUGAAUGACAUGGAGAAGUUCCUGCCAGUCCUUACUGGUUUCCUGCCCCUGCCAAAUGAAGCAGAGAUCGCACACACCAAAACGCUCUUCCGACGCAGGAGGAACGACCGACGAGGGUUGCACCACAUCAUCCAGGACCAUCUAGACCUAACCGUGCUGCUGCCACCCGGGGGGAAACGACUGGUCAGUACCAGGAGACAGCAGCAGCAGAGACCUCCGGGAGGAGACAGGAAGACCCAGAAUCCUCAGCAGCAGUCGCCACAACGACAACAACCUCCAUCUCAACAGCAACAGGUCAAUCAGCAACAGAAUGACCAGCAGCAGCCCGGGCCGGGGGCUCAUGGUAGAUACCCUCGUGACCAACAGCAGCAGCAGGGAGGACAGCGUGGAGGUAACCACGGGCAACAGUUCCAGGGCCACGGCGGGCAGCGUCAGGGACCUCCCCACCACGGCUAUAGUCAGAAUCGCCGCUGGCACCACAACCAGAAGGGGCAGGGGGUAGGACAGGGACUGCUGGGGCAAGGGGGCCCGGCAGGUGACAGGGACAGAGGGGGGGCAACCACAACGGGAGACAGGGACCAAGGGGGGGCAACCACAACAGGAGACAGGGACCAAGGGGGGGCACCAACGAGAGACAGGGACCGAGGGGGGGCACCAACGAGAGACAGGGACAGGGGGCACCAACGAGAGACAGGGACAGGGGGCACCAACGGGAGACAGGGACAGGGGGCACCAACGGGAGACAGGGACAGAGGGGGAGCACCAACGGGAGACAGGGACAGGGGGCACCAACGGGAGACAGGGACAGAGGGGGGGCACCAACGGGAGACAGGGACAGGGGGGCACCAACGGGAGACAGGGACAGAGGGGGGGCACCCACAACGGGAGACAGGGACAGGGGGGCACCAACGGGAGACAGGGACAGAGGGGGGCACCCACAACGGGAGACAGGGACAGAGGGGGGGCACCCACAACGGGAGACAGGGACAGAGGGGGGGCACCCACAACGGGAGACAGGGACAGAGGGGGGCACCAACGGGAGACAGGGACAGGGGGGUGGCAACCACAACGGGAGACGGGGACAGAGGGGAAUACCCAAUGGGAGACAGGGACAGGGGGGCACCAACGGGAGACGGGGACAGAGGGGGGGCACCAACGGGAGACGGGGACAGAGGGGGGGCACCAACGGGAGACGGGGACAGGGGGGUGGCAACCACAACGAGAAACGGGGACAGAGGGGGGGCAACCACAACGGGAGACGGGGACAGAGGGGAAUACCCAAUGGGAGACAGGGACAGGGGGGUGGCACCACUCAGAAGCACCAAAGAGACAAAGAAUGUGAAGGCAGAGGAGACCAGCACCAGGCUGGAGACAGAGAGCUCCAGGGGCCCCAGUGAGGGGCUUCCCAGCCAGCCUGGGGGCCAGGAGAAGGACCAGAGCCCGACGGGGAGUGACAAACACAGGGACAGCCAGCUGGACGAGGGCCCUAAAGUCAGCCUGCUGCAGUCAUCCAAGGAGAGGCUGAGGAGGAGGCUAAAAGACAAGGAGGAGGCUGUGGUGUCUCCGGUUGGGCCCCAGCAGAACCGCGUGCACCGCCUGCUGGAGAUCCUGAACAGCAUGAGGAGCAACAGAGCCGGGGUGGACAGCCAGCUCAGCUCCUUCAUGGAGGAGGCCCAGAGCUCGACCCAGUCAGAGGAGACCCUGGCCCAGAUAGUCAGCACCAUCUAUGACAAGGCCCUCAGCGACAGGAGCUUUGCUGCUACUGCUGCAAGGCUCUGUGACAAGAUGGCCCUGUUCAUGGUGGAGGGGACCAAGUUUAGGUCACUACUGCUCAAUAUGUUACAGAAGGACUUUUCUCGUCGGGUGGAGCUGCAGGCGUCUGACGUGGAGCUUUGGUUGGGAUUCAUCACCUUCCUGUGUGAGGUUUUUGGAACCAUGAGGUCCAGCGCUGGAGAACCGUUUAGGGUGUUGGUCUGUCCUAUAUACACCUGUCUCCGAGAGCUGCUGCAGUCUCCCGAGGUCAAGGAGGAUGCAGUCCUCUGUUGUUCUAUGGAGCUGCAGUCCACAGGUCAUCUCCUGGAGGAGCAGCUUCCAGAGAUGAUGACUGAGCUCCUUGCCACAGCCAGGGACAAGAUGCUGUGUCCGGCUGAGUCCCAGCUGACCCGCUCCCUCCUCAUGGAGGUCAUUGAGCUGCGCGCCCAUCACUGGACCCCUCUGGAGGCCCUCACCACACAGUACUACAACAGGACCAUUCAGAAGCUCACCACCGCCUAGCCACCCAGGUCCCAGGCCUGGACCUAGGCUCACACGUCUUCGGGUCUCUCUUGAAAAAAUACAUUUUAUCUCAAUAAGACUACCUGGUUAAAUCAAAUAAAAAGGUCCACUUGUCUGACAUAGGGAGGCCUUAACUGGGUUGAUAGCUAAGAGGCAUGGGACCGUACUGGGCGGCAGUACAGAAUUUAUCUGGGGACGAAAGGGUUUAGGUUACGGUUUGGGGAUGAGACAGAAACGUGAAACCAUGCAUAAACAAGACAAACACUACACACACAACUAAAAGGACUGGCCAUGCUGCCUGUUCCAACGAGACGAGAGGAGGACAAAGAGUGGUUGUGAGGAGAAGGGUGUGUGUGGGGGUACAGGGUCGGGUAACAGCCGUCUCUGGGGAACAGAAGGUCUCCUCGGAGGUUAAAAAGAGAAGGUGGUGUCCAGAGGGACAUUUCAUUCUCAAUCUCCUUUGUGCUUGUUUGCCAACUACCCCCCCCCUAUCUGUUUCCUCUCUCUCCUGCUCCUCUCAGCUCUAGACCCCUUCCACCCCUAUCUGUUUCCUCUCUCCUGCUCCUCUCAGCUCUAGAUCCCUUCCACCCCUAUCUGUUUCCUCUCUCCUGCUCCUCUCAGCUCUAGACCCCUUCCACCCCUAUCUGUUUCCUCUCUCCUGCUCCUCUCAGCUCUAGACCCCAUCCACCCCUAUCUGUUUCCUCUCUCCUGCUCCUCUCAGCUCUAGACCCCUUCCACCCCUAUCUGUUUCCUCUCUCCUGCGCCUCUCAGCUCUAGACCCCUUCCACACCUAUCUGUUUCCUCUCUCUCCUGCUCCUCUCAGCUCUAGUCCCCUUCCACCCCUAUCUGUUUCCUCUGUCUCUCCUCCUCUCAGCUCUAGACCCCUUCCACCCCUAUCUGUUUCCUCUCUCCUGCUCCUCUCAGCUCUAGACCCCUUCCACCCCUAUCUGUUUCCUCUCUCCUGCUCCUCUCAGCUCUAGACCCCUUCCACCCCUAUCUGUUUCCUCUCUCUCCUGCUCCUCUCAGCUCUAGACCCCUUCCACCCCUAUCUGUUUCCUCUGUCUCUCCUCUCAGCUCUAGACCCCUUCCACCCCUAUCUGUUUCCUCUCUCCUGCUCCUCUCAGCUCUAGACCCAUUCCACCCCUAUCUGUUUCCUCUCUCCUGCUCCUCUCAGCUCUAGACCCCUUCCACCCCUAUAUGUUUCCUCUCUCUCCUGCUCCUCUCAGCUCUAGACCCCUUCCACCCCUAUCUGUUUCCUCUGUCUCUCCUCCUCUCAGCUCUAGACCCCUUCCACCCCUAUCUGUUUCCUCUCUCUCUCUCCUCCUCUCAGCUCUAGACCCCUUCCACCCCUAUCUGUUUCCUCUCUCUCUCUCCUCCUCUCAGCUCUAGACCCCUUCCACCCCUAUCUGUUUCCUCUGUCUCUCCUCCUCUCAGCUCUAGACCCCUUCCACCCCUAUCUGUUUCCUCUCUCCUCCUCUCAGCUCUAGACCCCUUCCACCCCUAUCUGUUUCCUCUCUCUCUCCUCCUCCUCUCAGCUCUAGACCCCUUCCACCCCUAUCUGUUUCCUGUCUCUCCUCUCAGCUCUAGACCCCUUCCACCCCUAUCUGUUUCCCCUGUCUCUCCUCCUCUCAGCUCUAGACCCCUUCCACCCCUAUCUGUUUCCUCUGUCUCUCCUCCUCUCAGCUCUAGACCCCUUCCACCCCUAUCUGUUACAUCUCUCCUGCUCCUCUCAGCUCUAGACCCCUUCCACCCCUAUCUGUUUCCUCUGUCUCUCCUCCUCUCAGCUCUAGACCCCUUCCACCCCUAUCUGUUUCCUCUGUCUCUCCUCCUCUCAGCUCUAGACCCCUUCCACCCCUAUCUGUUUCCUCUGUCUCUCCUCUCAGCUCUAGACCCCUUCCACCCCGGGGUCUAUGUGGCUGGCUGGGGGAGCAUGCCUCCCUCUGGUUUGUCCCCUCACCAGGCGACCCUCUCUGCCCAGGCCUCCCUCUCUGCCCCUCCACAGGCCUGCCUGCCUCCCCCCCCACCGGCCUUCCUGCCUACCUCCCCCCAGGGGACCCUCCAACCCCCCAGGCAACAUGGGACAGGCCUGCUUUCGUCCCCUGCCAGAUGCCUAUUGUGUGGCUGAGACACUGGGCCUGGUCUGCUUGCCUGUUUUGACUGGCUGGCUUGCUGGCAGAUGGCUAACGUUACUGGAAGAAGACUCAAGUGGGCUGGCUGCAAGACACACACAGGCCAACCCAUCCUCCAACCCAGGCUAACCCAGCCAGGCCCCUGACAGAGAGGGCACACUGGGUCUGUCGUGGGGGAGACUUGAGGACUUGGGGGGAGAAGCAUCAAGCCACUGCUUUGUUGAGGCUUCUUUGUCAUUGUCCUUUUGGGAGGGGUUUAAUAUCCUCGCUUGUGUUACCUUCUGUGUUAAUAUUAUCAUUAUUAUUUAUUUUGAAUCAGGUUUAAAUAUGUAUGAUUAUGGACUAUUUUAGGGCUGAUCUGUUGCACAGGUUUGAUUUGUUUUAAAUGGUUUUAAGGCGAUUAUUUGCUUUUAAAAUAUUCAAAAAUAACAAAUACAUUUUGACAGUGGUAUUGUGUACAAGCAUUAAAAGAUCCUCUAGCAUUAAUGGUUUGAGGUGUUGGUUGACUAGACUAAGAGGGAAGGUUUGAGGUGUUGGUUGACUAGACUAAGAGGGAAGGUUUGAGGUGUUGGUUGACUAGACUAAGAGGGAAGGUUUGAGGUGUUGGUUGACUAAAUUGAGAGGGAAGGUUUGAGGUGUUGGUUGACUAGACUGAGAGGGAAGGUUUGAGGUGUUGGUUGACUAGACUGAGAGGGAAGGUUUGAGGUGUUGGUUGACUAGACUAAGAGGGAAGGUUUGAGGUGUUGGUUGACUAGACUAAGAGGGAAGGUUUGAGGUGUUGGUUGACUAGACAGAGGGAAGGUUUGAGGUGUUGGUUGACUAGACAGAGGGAAGGUUUGAGGUGUUGGUUGACUAGACAGAGGGAAGGUUUGAGGUGUUGGUUGACUAGACAGAGGGGAGGUUUGAGGUGUUGGUUGACUAGACAGAGGGAAGGUUUGAGGUGUUGGUUGACUAGACUAAGAGGGAAGGUUUGAGGUGUUGGUUGACUUGACUAAGAGGGAAGGUUUGAGGUGUUGGUUGACGAGACUGGGGGAAGGUUUGAGGAGUUGGUUGACUAGACUGAGGGAAGGUUUGAGGAGUUGGUUGACUAGACUGAGGAAAGGUUUGAGGUGUUGGUUGACUAGACGAAGAGGGAAGGUUUGGCUCGAAGGAAGAAUCAUAGACGUGGUUGGUUUGAAGUCAGUCAGAAGAGUGGCCUUGUCAUCUAUAAUAAUACAUUUAUGGAGUUGCGUCCUGUUUUAAAAGUGAAGGCUGGGAGGUAGAGAGUGCUUGUUGAGACGGAGUGGCCGAAUUUGAGGUUAUUAUUUCUUGCAAAAUGAAAUGUAGCUCCUUUAAGAGGAGGAAGAAACAAGCAUGAUAAAAUCCUACUUCAAAUGGUCUCCUGUUCAAGCAGCCAUUUUGCAAGUCUUCAUAUCUGUAUAAUGAUGAAAUAUUUUAAUCUGUGUUGUUUUACAGAUUAUUUUUAUGAUAUAAUGUAGGUUGCUAGUAUGUGAUUCGCAUUAUUCUGGCUUCUGCAAAUGUGUUUACCACGAUAUUGCCGUUUACCAACCCACUCAUCAUUCUAUCGUUUGAUGGGCUGUAUGUAAUCCACUGUACAGUAAUGACCCGUAUUGAAGAAAACAGAACAAGUGCUCAGCGGGAUUGGUACAAACAGUGACGAUGGCUACAUCCUAAUUAGCUAUAGGGUUGAAUAGGGUUGUGUGGAUAGGAAGGUGGCCUUUCUAUGUCUUCUUACUAUGGCUUCAGGUCAUGUUGAAUGAACUGCUCUGUUUGGGACAGUCUGUCAGUCCUACGACUACUAGUGUUACUUGCUCCUGAUUUCCCAUUGAAUUGAAUCUCUCUGGGAAGUUUUGUGUUAUAUUUUGUUUUUUCUGUCUUGCAUCAAGAAUCCAAAUCUUUAAGGUAGUCACACACCCAAGUCACUAGGAGGGUCUUGAAUUGAAACAUAUAUAUAUAUAAUGAGUUGGGAGAUCUAUACAAACCCAUCCGUCUAAGUGUGCGCAUGCCUAUGAGCUGAUUUUAUUUAUUUUAUUUGAGGUUUUUAUUUAAAAUGUUCAUUUUAGUUUUUAUUUUUUCAAUGGGUUUUGAUUUUAAGUGACUGAAUCCAUUGUGAUACUGGUAAGUGUGGUAUUACUGUGAUAUUUUAGAUUGAAAGCUAUGCUGUAGUGCUAUUGGCCGAUUCUGGUUCCAUAUGCAAUGUAGUGACUCAUUGAAACACAACGGGGUCCUUCCUCAUCUGUGACACUGGGCCUCCCGGCGCCCUCCGACACUUGACCUUUAGGUCACGUGACGUACCCGACUAUUGAAUGCAACGCACCUCCAUUUGCAUGUCAUUGACAUUGGAAGGAGGGAGACAGAAUGAGAUGGGAGGUGUUGGCGUGGUUACUCAAGCGAGGCAAGCUAGUCUCCCAGCCAGAGGGUGAUGAUGAACUGUAGAAUUUGUGGUUGGUCGUCAAUUCGUUUUUUUUGUUUUUUUUUAUUAAGCAAUUGAAAAAAAUAAACUAACUGAAAAGAGAAGUGGAAAAAAA